GAUUGGGGAUGGGAUGGGAUCGGGGUGCGGGCGGGGCAGGUCAGAGCCCGCACUUGGCUCAGUCCCCGAGCCGAGCCGAGCCGCAGACACCGCCACUCGUGCUUCUGCGCUGAUCCGCCCGACCCGCCGCUGGAUGAACGCGGCAGCUGUCCGAUCCUGCGGCAGCUUCUCCGUCUCCCGCUGAUUCUUCACACGGCACCGGCGACAUGGAUGUUGGAAACGGCGCUGCUCCUGGGGCUGAGGAUGCGGCCGCUGCCUUCCAGCGCCAACAUCACGCCCAGAUGCAGGGCAUCGAGUCCCAGCCCGAGGGUGAGACUGGCCCGGAGCCCGACUCGGCCGACACCGCAGCCCGAGAGGGAACCGAGGCAGUGGAUGCUGUUCAUGGAGACUCCAGUCAGGAGAAUGCUGCUGUUGUGUAUGCAGCUAUUUCUGAAGCCGAUGGCCUGUACCAGGAGCCAGACAGCAUACGUAGGUGGAGGGAAGAGCAGAUCAAACACUUGGAGGCUUUGGAUGCCAACUCCCGUGAGGCAGAGCUGGAGUGGAGGGAGAAAGCUAAGAAAGAGUUGGAGGACUGGUACACACAACAGGAGGAGCACCUGGAAGAAAUGAAAACCAAUAACAGGAUUCUAGAUGAGGCUUUCUACAAACAACCCUUCGCUGAUGUGAUUGGCUACGUCACAAACAUCAAGCAGCACUGCUACAACCUGCAACAGACUGAGGACACAGCUGUGGGUGAAGCUCAGGAGAUCAGAUCCAGCUCGGACUGGGAACGUGUCCUACACCUGUGUGAUCUGAACUCGAAGACCAGCAAGCCGUCCAAAGACGUGUCCCGGAUGCGUUCUGUUCUCCUGUCUCUCAGCCAGGUGCCCGUCGCUCUGAAGUAAAAUCAGAGAGUCAAGACUGAGUUUUCGUAAGAGAAAGAUUGACAUUGGCGCUGUCUGGAAGGAUGGCCAGUGUUGAAUCUGCUCAUAUUCCCUGUCAGGGCAACACCUGGUGAGGCAGGGUGUGUCCACGAAUUGUGCUUCAUCCAUUCCCAGUAACCAGGCAUUUGCUGUUUGCUUUUUGUGAAUAGUGGUUGUUAGUGGUCUGUGCUCACUGAAUGGUGCAUUCUUUCCUUCACAACUGUAAAUAUGGAUUAAAACUGAAUUAUAACCAGCAUUACACUGAAGGUGAAAUAAAAUUUGUCACAACAGUGUGAA